AAAUGAGGGCAGCUACGUCAGAUCCUGAACUUGAGCGCCAUUUUUUCCUCAAUAGGGGGAAGAAAGGGACAAAAGCUGGACCAGAAAUAACUUCUCUGUGGAAGAGGCUCGCAGACAACAUCUCUCACGUUUGACCGCGGUCUUCACACAGCUGUGUGCGUGGACGGAGGAUGCUGCUCGGAUGAGUGUUUGUGUGCAGCGGCGGGGGCAGACGCAGCUUACCGACACACACAGCUGAGGGCCGGUGCAAGUGGAAAACGUUAGCCCUCUCGCGGAGGUGGCACAGCGACAACUAACGUUAACCGACGCUGAUAUCUGGACGAGGAAUAAUGUAUCAGGUUCCAGUUGGAAAUAUCGAGAAGAUACGAAAGGCACGUAAGGCUGUGAAAAGCAUCUUGAGCGAGAUCGGUCUGGAAGACUGCCAAAACCUGCUGAAGGAUCUCAAUGAAAAGUCUGAAAAAAAUUCAGAUGAAGAAGAUGUCUUUCAGGAAACACAGUGGGUCGACUUCACACAUGGAUACCACGGCAGGCAACAGAAAAAGUGGCCUUAUCGGUCUCGAACUCUGUGCUGUAACCUGUGCAAGUACUCUUCACAUAACAUCUACAACUUCAGGAGCCAUGUCUCUCGCUGCCAUGGAUACGUGCAGUCAUUCUGUGCGCUGGCAACCUGUUCUCAGUGCCUCUUCAUUGGCCACCCCAAGGUUGUCAAGAAGCACAUGCUGUUCUUCCAUGCCAAACUUACCCCCUCUAUACAACCUCCAAGGGAAGGGCCUCUGCCCACUCAUCGCGGAAAUGAGAGGUAUCAGUGUCGCAGAUGUGGAUUUCCAGCCUCUUCUAUCUUCGCGAUGAAGAAGCACAUCAUUCUCAAGCACCUGGACAGUUUGGCAGAGCAGUAUAUUGGUUACAGGUUACACAUUCAAGGCACCACAUCUCUAAAGAUCUACUGCUGCAAGGUGUGUAGGGUGAACACUGGAACCCUUGACCAAAUGUUGCAUCACAUGCUGGUUGAGCCAUCGCAUUAUUCAGUCAGCACACAAGUCCAGAGUAUGAUUUAUGAGAACAAGAACUACGCCAUUAAAACGACUCCCAAUGGGAAUAGCCUGUUUGUGACAUUCCCAAACAUUGCUCCUAAACCACAGCAACCUCAAAUGUUCAACAGUAAGUCCUUGGUUUUACCAAGUAAUGGCCAGCCUGCUGGGACUGUGGUGACUUUACAGCAGUUACAAGGAACUACAAAUAGUGCUACUCUGAUCUGUACCCCUGGAACCAACCAAGCUUUUCUUCCUCCUCAAGCAUCGGCACUUGUGCAGCUAGCUAGUGCCGAGGCUAAAGGUUUGCUUCAGCCCGGUGCCACGAUAGCCCUCCGAAGUGCUUUGCCCCAAGGACCGUCUAUGGUCCAGCUUCCAACGAUGUCUAAUGUGUCACUGAAACAGGCACCGAUAGCUGUAACUCCUGCUUCUGCUCAACCACAACAGACUCCACAAGCGCAGCAAAUUCUUCUUCCAUCAGGACUACAGGCCAGCGUGGCAGCUGGACCUGGAACUAUAUCUAAACCUGCUGUGGUUACACAAAAUGCAUCAACGAAUCAGAUCGCCCUACAAGGUACCAUGCUGACUUCACAGUCUCUGCUGAGUCACCUGAUCCCGACUGGCAACAAGUUGAACGGCAUGCCCACAUACACUUUUGCUCCCUUGCAAGUGGCAAUGCCUGUCUCUCAGAGCACAAGUACCCCUCUCAAGAAUGUUGAGCAAACAAGUAAGUCCUCACCACAAACUAAGAAAUGGAUUACUUGUCCCCUCUGCAAUGAACUUUUCCCUUCCAAUGUCUUUGACAUGCAUACAGAGGUCGCUCACCAGACAAAAUCCAACUCAAACAAGUCAGAAAGUGUGGCAGCGCGAGCAGCAUUCUUGAAGAAAAUGCCCGACAAAACUGUCAAAUGUCUAACAUGCAAAAUUCUACUGUCAGAAAAAAGUGUCUUCCAACACCUGCUGCACGGCCUGAAUUGUUUGUACUGCUCAGCUUUGUUCUUUUCCAUCAAACAGCUUGCCGAGCACGUAAAGCAGCACAAUCCCACGAGCAAGGCAUACUGUGAUUUUCUGAGACAGAAGUACAGGGUCUACUCAAAAGGUGUUGGAGGAAUCCUAUUCCCUUACUUUGACGUCAACACCACCGCACCAAAAGAGGUACUAGGAGAGACCGAGGUCAAUCUCGCACUGGUCACAAAUUCCCUCGACCUGAUCUUCUUUAAGUUGCAGCCCAGCAGCCAGCCAGAAAUCUGCCCAGCACCUGUGAAAAUCAACAGUUCAUAUUGUCCCUUCUGUGACGAAAAGUUCCCGAAUGAAUCCAAACACCUUCAGCACCUGAAACAAAAACACUUUGUAGCACCCACCAUUCAUGCCAUCCUCAAGACUGAGGCUUUCAAGUGCAUAUACUGCAAUGGCGUGUACACGGGGAUGGUCACCCAGCACGCGGUGAUGCUCCACAUUCAGAGAUGUCGGUGUUCACCAAAACAACCGCAGCCCCCCCCUAAAGUUUCAGCAGCACCGCAGCAGCAGCCCCCAAAAGCAGCUCAACAGAUCAGUCAGCCAUCCGGACUCUACUUUCUUCAAGUGCCACAAGGGCUGACUAUGAAACAAACUUUAGCUCCGGCUCGUGUAAUUCAAGCUGCACCCACUGCAGGGCCUUCAGAAUCAGAAGCAGAGGUGCAGUCAAAGAAGAGGCUCGAGGCUGCAUGGAGGGAAGUCAUGGAGGCCAACAAGCGAGAGCGAGAGCACAAGGCGGCCAUGCGUAGGAAGCGAGAGCAAGAAAAGUUCUUGCCCCCACCAGAGCCUGUGAUUCAGAGCGACCCUGCGGUGAAGCUUCUGUUGGAGCCCACCCCGGUGGAGCGCCGCUGCAGCGAGGAGCGCAGAGACUUCAUAUCCAAAUACUUCAACCUGAACCCGUACGCGACCAAAGCCGAGACUGACGAGCUGUGCAAGAGGCUGUCCCUCACCAAAGCAGAGUUGGCAGCCCUAUUCAGCAAGAAGCGAAGCAAGUGCAUGAAGAGUCUCAAGAGGAGCAGGACUGCCAUUUUCCUCGGCUUCAACAUGACAGAAAUGAGCAAAGUUAAGCACAAUCUCCUCAUCCCAGAACAGAAGGCUGCCGAUACCGCAGAGCAGCCGCCCACUGAUUCAACAGAGCAGAUGGAACAUAGUGCGGAUGGACCGGAACCGAUGGAUGAAAGUGGAAAUUAGAAAGUUACAGAUGUGGAACAGGUGGAGCACAUGGAAUGAAAACAGAACAACCUGAAACAACGAAUAAUACAGAUGUCCCUGAUUUAAAAAAAAAAACAAAAAACAACAAGAAUUAAACAGAUACUGUAAUGAUGGCCUUUUGUGUUUACAGUUACUAGAGAGGUUCAUCAUGUAGUCCAUAAAAUAUAUUUCCUAACAUACCUGUGAGCAAGGGCAGUUUCUUAAUGUAGCCUUCAUUAAUAGUGCUUCGUUUGACUUCAGUAUGUUGUCAGUGGUUCAUAUCCUAAUUUCCACAUAAACGCAGAGCCAUGUUGUGAUGCUCCUUUUUAGUACAUAAUAAUGAAAUGAUAUAUAGAGAUAUUAUGGCGUCAGACUGUUGAGCUGCAACAGUGUUUAGCUGGUUACAAUCAAUCAACAAUGGCUACUGACUUCAUCUUAAGCACUGGUUUGCUCUCAGUAGCUGCUUUCUUUCUCCCUUUAUUUAUGCUCAUUUGUACAAAAUUGCGACUCCAUCAAUGCUCAUCUGCUAAUAUCAAGACUUAAGUGCACACUUCAACAUAGAUUUGAUUUAUUAGUUUAUAUUCUUUUACUUAAUAAAUGGACCUAUUGAGUCACGUACACAGUUUUGUUACUUUCAUGUGUGUGUUUUUUUUUUUAAACUUCUUCCCACCUUCAUAUUUAAACAGCUUAACAGGGAAAUGUUUAUCGGACACAAAGUUUUACAGACAGUUUAGGUGUAUGUUAAUCUUGCAGUUUUAAAGCCAAAUUCUUAAGAAUGUACAAAUGUUUUAGCUGUCGGGUUUUCCGAAUUCCCAGAGUUGCUGAACACUUGGUUACUAAAUCUCUGACCAUGUUGUUUGCAUGAGCUUUUGUUUUAUUGUCAGAUGAAAUUAUAAUUUGUGCCAUUGUGAAGUCUACAUAUUUGCAUAGACUUGUGGAAAUUAACCUAGAGGUGAUUCAACAUGAGCAUAAAACAUGUUAUUGGAUGUACAACAUGCAGUAUAUCUUCUGUUCUCCUGACGGCUGUUUCUUUUGUACUAUACAUGUAUUUUCUAUAAUUCCUAGAGGAUCCAAAAUGUUGGGAGAAGUACAAAUUCUCAUUCUGUCAAAUGCCACUGUGUUGUAAAAAAAAAUAAAGUGGUUUCCUUUUA